AUGAGCGGAUACAAACUCCUUAGGAGACCAAACGUCUUGGAAAUGGCCCGUACCAAGCAAACUGCCCGCAAGUCAACCGGAGGAAAGGCUCCCCGCAAGCAGCUCGCCACCAAGGCAGCGCGCAAGAGUGCCCCGGCCACUGGUGGUGUGAAGAAGCCCCAUCGUUACCGCCCCGGUACUGUCGCGCUGCGCGAGAUCCGUCGCUACCAGAAGUCGACCGAACUGCUGAUCCGCAAGCUGCCCUUCCAGCGGCUGGUGCGUGAGAUCGCCCAGGACUUCAAGACCGAUCUGCGCUUCCAGAGCUCGGCCGUGAUGGCGCUGCAGGAGGCCAGCGAGGCGUACUUGGUCGGUCUGUUUGAGGACACGAAUCUGUGCGCGAUUCACGCCAAGCGUGUUACCAUCAUGCCAAAGGACAUCCAGCUGGCGCGUCGUAUCCGUGGCGAGCGUGCUUAA